AUGGCAAAGUUUGCAGUGAUUUGCAUGGCCUUUGGCCUGAUCGCUUGUGUCCACGCUAAGCCAGGUUAUGGCGGAAAAGGUGGAUUCGGCGGCGGCGGUGGGGGUGGUUUCGGAGGUGGAGGCGGUUUUGGUGGCGGCAGCGGCGGAGGUGGUGGUGGUGGGUUUGGGGGUGGUUAUGGCGGCGGAGCUGGAGGUGGCGGUGGACUAGGUGGUGCUCACGGCGGUGGUCUUGGAGGUGGAAGCAGUGGAGGCCUCGGGGGAGGUCACGGAGGAGGAAAUGGUGGCGGUCUUGGAGGAGGUUUCGGAGGUGGAAAUGGCGGUGGUCUCGGAGGGGGUCAUGGAGGCGGUCUGGCCGGUGGAAAUGGUGGUGGACUUGGAGGAGGUCUCGUAGGUGAUAGCGGAUUUGGAGGUGGUCAUGGCGGCGGCCUCGGAGGUGGUUUAGGAGGUGGAAACGGUGGUGGACUUGGAGGAGGUCACGGAGACGGUCUUGGUGGAGGAGGUGGCGGUGGAUUUGGCGGCGGAGCGGGGGGCGGUCAAGGUGGAGGUAACGGCGGAUACGGAGGUCAUGGUGGUGGUCCGGGUGGACACGGAGGUAGUGGAGGCUACGGGGGUUACGGCGCCAGCGCUAGUGCCAAAGCUAGUGCUAGUUCGGGGAAAUAUGGACGUUAA